AUGAGCCUUGGCGGGAGAGAGGUUCCACAACAGGUUAAUCCUGAUGAGCAAACUUUCGUGUCUGGUCUCACGAUAACACAAGACCUGCAUGUAUUCGGACCAUCGUUGUAUCCCAGUUUGGAUAGAGAAGGUGGGCCGCAGGAACAAGGUACCCAGAAUCAAGACCACGUGACGAAUAAGCCAGUUACCAGCACAAGCUCUGGCCACGAGCGUGAAAGACCAACGGAAUUACAAGUUGGAGCGCCACAGGUCGAUGGUGAUCAUCGGACCUAUGGUCCAAAUGCCGAGAAGAAGAUGAAGGAUGAGAAACAAAAGAUCGCUGGAGUGAGCGUCGGGGUUGGCCUGCCAACACGACUUGACGUAUCGAAGCAGGGAAUGGGUGUCGACUCAAUGCCAGCCAAACAAGUCGCAAAAAUCACUGCUGCCGAUGUGGCCAGCGAGCACCACAUCCUGGCAAUGGCUUGUUCUUCUACAACGAAACGUACCAGCAUGAUAUCGCCAAGAAAGCUUGGCAUUGAGGAAAUCAAGAUUUCUGGAAUGGAUUCUAAACCAGCCGCCAAGACGAAGGCAACAGUUCAAGGUCUCGUCGCAGAAAGCCUUGAAGGGAUGGAAAAUACAUUGCAGGUCAAGGGGUUCUUGCACAGAGAGCGGAGUCUUGCCAUGCGGGGAGUUGUGGAGCAGGGAGGUGCGGCUAACGUCGAGUUGCUGCAAAACACGAGCCACUCUGUAGAGACCAAGGAUGGCAAGGUAGGAUUUGGAGUGACGGCAACGGACACCAUGGAGGCUACAGCAGUAAACAGCAACGGCCAAGUGAUAGCAAGGUUUGACCCAGCGGGCACACCUGGGGCGUACGCUGUUCAAAAAAAUCCAAGCACACAAGCAGACACAGUUGAAAAUUGCAAAAGGAAGCGCACUGUGGUUCACGAAAGAAACGCAACUGAGAGGGUUGGGCAAGCAGAAUCUCCAUUAAAGCGGGCCAUGAACGUGGCAGAAUCCACUCAUGUUUUCAAUCCACUCGAUGGAUUGAUGCCAAUACCACGGACCGCAGCAACAAAGUUGGAGCAAGCCAAUACCGUGCGUCCCGGAGCAUAUUCUGCCACACCAGGGAUAGAACUGCAGAGAGCCGCCACUCUGAACCGUUCACUAGUGGGAGCUCCGUCUUCAAGUGACUUCACAGUUGGCAGUGGAGAUGAUGAUGAUCACGAUCAUGAGCUCCCCUUUCCUUCAUCCAGCAUCACUAGAGGAACAAUCGAUGACUACGCUACUAGCUGUCAUGUGGAUAUGGAUGCAUUAGAAGUGCAUCAGGCGCCUGAUCCAGACCUGCAUGUAGAGGAGGCCGAGAUUGUCCCUGAAUCUACUGAUGUUGAUUUACACGAGCAGACACCAGGACUACAAGAAGAAGCAAUCAUGGGGAAAAUCAUGACAGAGCCCCAAACGCCAAACCACAACAUUCCCUACCUUGUCCUUCUCAUUGGGGUGGUUUUAGGUGCUGCCGUGGUCCUGUUGGUAGUGGUCUUACUGGGUAAUGGCAACAACCAAGCUACUCAAGAAUCAGGAAUGGUUCAAGAUGUGCCAAUGAAUGCAACUGCUCAUGGCAUAGACACUCUUGAACCCAUCAUUCUUCCACCCUUUCAAGAAGGCCUUCCUCAGAGAGUCUUGGACAGCCUCCAAGACCCCAACACACCUUUUUAUCGGGCAAACAGAUGGGUGAUCCGUGAUCCCUAUGUAGACACAUAUCCCCCUAUGAGACAAACGCAAAGAUUCUACAUGGCAAUGUACUACUAUGCAAUGGCUGGGGAGUAUUGGCUGAACAACGAAGGUUGGCUUGAUUAUGGUGUCCCAGAAUGUGACUGGUGGACCCAAAAGGAUCCAAAGUACAAUGAAUUUGACAACUUGAGUGCCUGUGAUGAAGAUGGCAACUUGGUCAAGUUCAACCUUGCUGGGAACAAUCUGACUGGGCUCUUUCCAGUUGUGAACAAGUUCAUUUCAACCAUUCGCACCUUCAAUAUGGAGGACAACUUCUUUUCAGGUGAUGUCCCUGCAUCUGCAGAAAUGCCAGAGCUGGAUGUCUUUAUCAUGGCAAAUAAUAAACUCGAUGGAAGACUUUUAGUGGAUGGAGGAUUUGUGACAUUCAAGCAGAGAAUCAUCAAGACUAAUGGAAACCAAUUGUUUGGACAGGCCGGACCCAUUUUCCAAUAUCUCCCUCUACUGGAGCAUUUGGACAGCACAAGCAACAGGUUUGAUGGGCCAAUUCUAGGCCUUGCGCAUGCAGCCAACUUGAAGCAGUUGAGGAAUGGUGACAACCUUUUCACUGGGGCCAUCCCAAGUGAGAUAGGUUUGCUCCAUGAGAAGCUAGAAGAAGUUGACUUUGGAGGAAAUCCAAUGUCUGGGGGGCUUCCUUCUGAGUUGGGUCUGCUGACAAAACUGACGAAAUUGAACAUCUCCCAUACAUCCUUUUCUGGCAAGAUACCACAAGGGUUGUGUGAGUUGGUUUUGGUUGGCCAAUUGGAACUUAUUGCAAACUGCAGCCAAGUGGAAUGUUGUAGUUUCAGAUGA